AUGACUGCAGCUGAUGUACGUCGACAUAUUAUGACAGGAAGUUUGUUAUUGCAUCCACAAAAUGCUACGCAAAUGGAUAUGACAGAUAGUAGUCCUCAAGCUAUUAAUUUAAUUGAGAUAGUUGAACCGCUGGAUGUGGAAGAUAUCUUAUCGCAGCGAAAAAGCAACUCUUCCAUACAUGAACAUAUUGCAAGUAACAGUAAUUUAAGAAGGAUGGCAGAAUUCCCGGCUGAUGAUAUCGAAGUACGUUUGGUACAUCGGGAUCAGCUUACAGUCGAGUCACCCUUUCCGUCAAAUCUUUCAGGUGUCGAUCCACUGGUAAAAGAUAUAAUGCAAACAUACAACGAUAAUUUCUCGUUAGUGCAGCGAAAGUAUUUUCAAUAUUCAAGCGGUGAAGCAUACAUUCGAUUACUGAUGGAACGACCAAUUAUUGCUCAAACGACCCCGAAACAAAUUUUUGAAGUGGAUUCAGACCGACCUAUCGGACGAAGUGUUAGCAUAGCGGGCGAGGAUCAGAUCACAAAACGGGACUCAUUCGGCUCACACUAUUCAUCAGACUCGAUGUGUACUGUUGGUUCGUCAUCCGGUGGAACAAAUCGUGAUGAUACCUUACGUGCACCUCACCAGCUUCAUUCUUCGGCUAGUGAUCCCACAGUGCCAGGUGUAGUGCAGCGUAUUUCAAAUACACAACUUGAUCAGAUCAAUGAGGCCCGAAGGCGAGCCCAUCGACAAAAUGCAUUAAUUAACUUACUUCCGUCUCAGCUCGAAGCUGAUGUAAUUGAACGUCGAAGUGCAGCGCCAUUCCCAGUUGAGCAUACGGGUCAGAAACUUUUCAUUAAAGUCUUGCAGUUGCAGCUUGAACCUUCAUUUGAACCCGUUUUUGGUACCAUAGUACUUUAUGAUUUGAAAGAAAGACGAAAGAUAUCAGAGAACUUUUAUUUUGAUUUAAAUAAUGAUUCGCUGCGUGCAAUGAUUUCGCAACACGCUGAUUGUAUAGAUGAGGCGAGCAAAUGUACACAAGCGGUUUUCAGCAUAAGUCAACCACUGAAUGAUAUAUUUAUUGUCAUCAAGUUAGAAAAAGUGUUGCAACCAUGCGAAGUAGCAGAUGCGUGUGAACCGUAUCUGAAAGAAGAUAAAAACAGGGAACGGUUAAUGCAAACGGCACAGCAAUAUUGUGAACGGCUUGGUGCUUUUCGGAUGCCACUUGGAUGGUUUGCCAUCGACUUGAAUCAAAUCCUUAAUGGGUCAUAUUAUCCUGAGAAGGCGGAAGCAUUAAUGGCUACGAUUCCAAGCUCUGUUGCUGUGCAGGACGUAACACCAGCUUCACCAACAUUCUUCGAUGUAGAAAGUAUUAUAAGUAUGGAUCGAAUAUCGAAUUCAACAUCGGGAACUUUUCGCCGUGUGGGUAGUGGAACUUCUUCCGGUGCAGCUUAUGUGGGGGCGCAGCAAUCCCAAAAAAAUCGAACACCGUUGCAAAAGCGUAAACUUUUCGCGGGACUUCAUUUGACUAUCUCGCAAAAUGAAACAGCUGCGGUGGGAUUGGGUCUCGAGACUGACUCAUUGCUGAAAGAUAGUGGAUCUCCAUUGACUUCCUUAAGUAAUCUACAACCUCUGCUGCUCAAUCUUAAUUCGUUCUUUAGACAGGAAGCAGAACGUUUGACCGAUGAAGACCUCUGCAAAAUGCUUGCGGAUUGUCGAAAAGGUGGUUCCAAAUUAGCUAAAUUGAAAACAUUUCCAAUUGCAUUCAAAAUGGAAUUAUCAGGUGGAUGUGGCGAAUCUUUAAUGAGGUAUCAGUUUUGCUGCAAAUUUUAUAUUCUCUAUUUUCGUUUCGCAAUUUCAUCUGUUUUCCGGCUUACACCUGAACUUCUUCGUGUGCAUCCAUUCGUUUCUAAUAAUCCAGCGGAUAUCGUCAAGGAAAUUCUAGAGUUCCCGAGCAAAGGGAUUUAUGCUGUGAAUGCUAUCUAUAGGAAUCUUCUCUACAUAUACCCUCAUUCAGUAAACUUAUCCAGUCGUUCUGGUCCAUCACGUAACAUUGCUAUUCGUGUGGAAUUGAUGAAUGCUCAAGAAAAACCAGUUUAUGCUAUAUUUGGCAAAUCCAGUGGCCCAAACAUUACUUUUUUUGCUGAUACUGCAGUUUCAUAUCACAACAAAACACCUAGUUUCUAUGAUGAAAUAAAAAUCAAUUUACCGGUUGACUUAAACGAUGGGCAUCAUAUACUGUUCACUUUUUUCCACAUUACUUGUAAGCCAAAUAAAGUUGGCGAUGAAGUAAAAAUACCCAUAGGGUAUUCAUGGGUUCCGUUGCUGAAAGGUGGACGAUUGCAAACUGGUGAAUUUACUUUACCCAUUGCAUUAGAACAAUUACCACAAAGUUAUGGAUAUCUCUCACCGGAUGUCAACUUACCGAAUAUUAGAUGGUUAGAAGGACACAAACCACUUUUUGAUGUCAAACUCGAAGCUGUUACAACAGUUCACACACAGGAUUCUCAUUUGGACAAAUUUCUACUUGCGUAUCAGUCAUUAAGUGUUAAUGAUAAAAAGAAUCCACCAGUAUCAGAAGCUGAUUUAAAGCAUGCAAUACGAAGUGUCAUAAAAGCUCGUCCUGAACCAAUGGUUGCUUUUUUGUAUGUUAUACUGGAUAAGCUGUUGGCAUUAAUUGCAAAUCCUCCAUAUACAGAUGUUUUAAUUCAUUUUAAAUGUUGUCCAUCUUUUACAGUAUCUGUGUCAGCCGUAUGCUUUGAAGUACUCGGACAACUUGUCAAAAUAUGUACCGUUCUUUUGAAUAGCUUUCGCGAUGCCCAUGGUCGUAGUUCACUCCUCACGACUUAUAUACAUUAUCAUAAAAUUUCUCUUAAAGAUUUAGAAACUUCGAUCGUACAACCAAACAAUGGGAAGACGGAGUUGAAAUCAGAGGGUACUUUACGAAUGCCUACUUCACCCGAAAGUAAACAUCUGCUUGAUAUUAUCAAAGAAUUUGAGCGUACAAAUUACAUGAAAGCAUCUACCGAAGGUGACUGUGAACUGAACACAUCAAAAAAGGUGAUGCAUGAAGAAUUAGCAUUGCAAUGGGUAAUCAGUGGUGGUGCAGCUCGAGAAAUGGCUUUCCUUAAUUCGUGGUUUUUCCUUGAGCUCAUGGUUAAAUCAAUGGCGGAAUAUUUAUCUCUUUCAAAUCGUUUGUAUUUGCCACGAAAGCUUCGAUUUAGAGAAGCCUUUAUUCAAGAUCUGAAUGCGCUUUCUCAGGCUAUCAUUAGUGAGGUAAUCCAAAGAACUUCGAAAGAUCCAAGACAGUCUCAAUCAAUCAGUACUUCGUGGGCCUAUUUCUUGCGUGAUUGCUUCUCAUUGAUGGAUCGAACCUUUGUAAUAACACUGAUCCGAGAGUUUAACCGCGAAAUUGCCGCUAAAAUAGGAAACUGCACCGAAUUGUGUGUAAUGCCCACUCUCAUGCUAAUUAAACUGGACUUUUUGCGAAUCAUUGCUUCUCAUGAGCAUUUCGUUGUGUUGAAUUUGCCAUUUGGUUCUGGUAACAUGCAGGGUAUGUCAACAAGUCAUUCCGGUGGAUCAUUUCAUUCAGCAACAUCAGCAUUUUCGUCCAGUUCGGAGGGUAGUGCUAAUUUAUCUGUAUCUUUGCAUCAUUCUUCCUCACGCCAAUCUUCUAGCCCAGGAAAUUCAAGUAUCAGCAGCAGAUCUUCAAGCCAGGUAAAUGAAUUACAUGGUGCAAUUGGUUCAGCAGAACUAACUAUUGAGUUUCGUUCGCGACAUUUUCUAAUUGGGCUUGCUCUCGCUGACCUGGCUUCUGUUCUUGAAACAUCAAAUACUCUGCUCCAUUCACGUGCUAUAAGUCUUAUUCGUAAUUUGCUGAGCAGCCAUGAAUUGGAUGUUCGACUUCUUGAUAACACGGUGAAAGCACGAGUAGCAUCCUUUUACACAACGGAAACAAAUGACGGACCGUUUAUUAGCGACAAAGUUAUGCUUGCAAUUGGUGGAAUGAAUUUUUCACCACCUUGCUCACCGCGAACCGAACGAAAACAUAUUGGUUUAGUUCGGCCAUCACUUUCAUUGGAAAAUACACGUCAGCUAUUAGCCUGCUUUUGUUGGACGUUGAAAAAUAUGGAGCGAUCGUCUUUGCGUCAGUGGAUUCGCGAUUUAUCGUCCAACCGAAUUUUGCAAUUUCUCGAUGUUCUACAGCUUGCUGUUUCAUGCUUUGAAUUCAGAUCAUCUCUUUUUUGUUCUAAUCAAGAUUCCAGUGAGACUGCAGGGGAAGUAAAGGACGAGAGUGGUAAUAUUGAAGGCUCAUCGAUUAAAGAGCUUGGACAGAAAAAAAUACGUAGUGUGCCCGAUUCUGAAAAUGGUGUUCGAUGGCGUAAAGAAAUCAAAGAUUCACAAGGAAAAGGUUCUUGGAAAAGUUGCACUGGUAGUAGCGGUGGACAAUCAAACGAUGAACCUAUUCCAAAUGAUGAAGAUGUUACACUUGAAGCGACUCUUUGCACCGAAAUACCAUUAAUAGUGCUGGAUACGUUAGAACUCGUCAUACGCGUAGUAUCAGUUCUUGGUUCUGACUAUCUCUUUUAUGUGUUACCUUCUGUAUUAAAAGUGUUGAUGCAUAUUCUUGCUUGCAAUCAGUCAGUACAAACUUUGGAAAAUGUUUUUGCAAGUCAACGUGCAAUAGUUACGAAGUAUCCAGACUUGCUGUUUGAACAGGAAACUGAACAAUGUGGUGAAUUAUGCCUUCAUCUACUAAGACACUGUGCGUCCCGCUUGCCAGCUAUUCGUUCGCAGGCUGCAGCUUCAUUAUAUCUAUUAAUGAGGCAGAGCUUCGAGUCUGGAGCAAGUUUUUCAAAAGUUAAAAUGCAAAUUACAAUGUCACUGAGUACGUUGGUUUCUACGGGUACCAAGCAUGGUGACUGGAUAAACGAAGAUUGUUUGCGUCAUAGUUUAAAAACUGUGCUGACAUACUCGGAAACAGAUGCUUCAAUUGAUUCACAGCUACGCAGUACUACUUUUUCAGAGCAGGUAAAAGAUCUCGUUUUCAAUUUGCAUAUGAUAUUAUCGGAUACAGUGAAAAUGAAAGAAUACACUAAUGAUUUUGAAAUGCUAAUAGACCUCAUGUAUCGUGUUGCGAAAGGAUAUCAGAAUAAUCCAGAUCUUAGGUUAACAUGGUUGAUAAAUAUGGCAAAUAAGCAUUCAGCUCGGGAUAACGCGGCGGAAGCUGCACAAUGCAUGUUACAUGCAGCCGCUUUAGCUGCUGAAUAUAUUUCGAUGCGUGAGUAUGAUGUGCAUAUUCCUAAAGGUGCUGCCGCUUUUCAAGCUAUAAGCGAUAAUAUUCUCGAAGAAAGUGCUGUUUCGGAUGAUGUUAUUAGUCCUGAUGAAGAAGGUAUUUGUGAGAGUCGUCAUUUUACGCAAAAUGGUUUAGUACAUUUGGUAGAGAAAACAGCGCAGUUUAUGGAGAAAGCUCAAAUGUAUGAAUCAAUGGUGCAACUGUACAAGAUAAUAACACCAAUUUUGGAAGAAAAUCGUGAUUAUCAGCGUUUGGCACAAAUACAUGGUUGUCUGAGCCAAGCACUUUCACGUAUUGAGCCAACUGUAUCGUUAAUUGAAGAUAUUGUCGAUGCAUGGUAUUCUCCUUUACCAAGUGCCGACAGACGUUGUUUCGGGACCUAUUUUCGGGUAGGUUUUUAUGGCAGCCGUUUUGGUGAUUUGGACGGUGUCGAAUUCAUCUAUAAAGAGCCGGCAAUUACGAAAUUGUCCGAAAUCAGCCAUCGUUUGGAUUCAUUUUACACUGAUCGUUUUGGGAAAGGAGUUGUGGAAGUUAUUAAAGAUUCAAAUUCUGUUGAUCCAAAUCGUUUGGAUUCCACAAAAGCCUAUUUGCAAAUCACAUAUGUAGAACCGUAUUUGGAGAAUUGGGAACGACGUCGUCGUCCUACUCAUUUCGAGAGGAAUCAUAAGUUAUAUCGAUUUGUCUAUGCAACACCAUUUACGAAAGAUGGUCGCGCACACGGUGACUUGAAGGAUCAAUAUAAAAGACGAACUGUGCUAGCCACACAAUAUUGUUUCCCAUACGUAAAAACACGUCUUCGUGUGGUGAAUCGUGAACAAAAUAUUUUAACUCCAAUUGAAGUUGCAAUUGAAGAUGUCCAAAAACGAACCCGUGAAUUAGCUGCUGCUACUGCGCAAGAUCCACCAGAUGCUAAAAUACUUCAAAUGGUACUACAAGGUUGCAUUGGUACUACUGUUAACCAAGGUCCUAUAGAAGUUGCAAACGUAUUUCUUACAAAUAUGGUUUUGGAUGAAAGUGGAAAACCUAUGGAUAAAUUCCAGAACAAGCUUCGUCUGUGUUUCAAAGAUUUUUCGAAGAAAUGUGCAGAUGCUCUUCAGAAGAACAAGAAACUUAUCCAAGCUGAUCAGCAGGCUUAUCAGAAUGAACUACAGAAAAAUUAUAUCGAAUUUACGAAGCGAAUGGCACCGAUAGUUGGCAUCCGUAAAAAUAAAUGCUCCGAGGCACAUACUCUGAAAACCGUACAUGCUGUUGCUGCCGCUGCUGAAUUUGGACCGGUUACUGCGGUGUGA